AUGUCUUCCACCAAAACCCCAGGGUACCCCGAUUUACCCGACCAGGAGAAAUCCCUCCCGGAGACAAAGCAUUUGGAACAAGUUUCCAGCGCCCCCGAGAUCAAUUUAAGCUAUGAAGAAGAUGAGGAACCCGAGUUCCAUGCACGUACAUGGUUUGCUCUAGCUGCUAUGUUCCUUCUGAACCUUGUUCAAGUCUUUGGCCUUUUGGGUCCUCCAACAGUUCUUUCCUUCAUCAAGCAGGACCUUCAUAAUACCAGCAGCGGAACAUGGGUACCAAAUUCUUUAUCACUCGUCCAGGCCGUCCUCGCUCCAUUGGUUUCAUCCCUAUCGGACACCUUCCAAGCUCGGAAACAUAUACUCGUUGGCGCUUCAGUGAUUUCGUUCAUUGGAGCAGCUAUUGCUCCUGGAUCUGAGGAUAUAUACAGGCUUAUUGCUGCCCAAGUUCUUAUUGGGUUCGGGUUCUCUACCGUCCCGUUGGCAUAUUGUGUUCCUAGUGAGAUCCUGCCCAGAAAAUGGAGACCGAUGGCUCAAGCGGCAAUGAAUGUGGCUGCGGCGAUUGGUGCUUGCAGCAGUCCAUUGAUAAUCGGGUCUCUUACCAGGGCAAACGCUCACACUGGUUGGCGUUACUUCUAUUGGAUCCAGAUGGGACUUUGGGGAGCAACGGCGAUCGGCCUUUUCAUCGGUUACAGACCGCCAAAACGGCACACACAACUGGACCAUCUUUCUUUUGGGGCCAAACUUCUCCGGCUCGAUUUGCCCGGAUUUUUCCUCCUCACUGUAGGGCUGACACUCCUUCUGACCGGAUUGAACCUUGGAGGUGGCCUAUAUGCUUGGGCAGCUGCUCCGGUAUUGGUGACCUUGAUAAUUGGCAUCACAACACUUUUAGCCUUUGGAAUAUACGAGUGGAAAUUUGUCACAACCGGAAUUUUGCAUCAUGAUCUCUUCCGAGGUGGCAAAAACCGAGGAAGAACAUUUGGCCUUUGUAUUGGCCUCAUGUUCAUAGAAGGCAUUAUUUUCUUUUCAUUUGUCAUAUUUUAUCCAGUGCUCAUUUCCACUCUCUUCGAGAAUGAUCCAUUCCUGUUAGCAGUCAGGCAAUUGCCCUGGUGGAUUGCAGGGACUUUCGGAACGGUGACUUUUGGCUAUUUCAGCACUAAGUUCAAAACGAUCCGAAUGCCACUUUUUGCGGGCUUUAUCCUGUUAACUGGCGGCACUAUUGGCUUUACAACCAUACAGCCUACCGACGGGUUGAAUACUUGGUUCUUUGCGGCACUAGCGGGGUUCGGAUUUGGUGCUCCUCUCAUUCUAAUCAUCGUAGGCGUCCAGCUAUCUACACCGCAUCACCUGAUUGCUACGGCGACUGCAGCAACAACAUGCUCCAGGGCUGUGGCCGGUUCCAUGUUUACUGCAAUUUAUUCUGCUGCUCUCGAUGCACGUCUUGCCAAAUACAUUCCUAGCUAUGUCGCCGAGGCAGCGGUGCGAGCAGGCCUCCCCAAGAGCUCGCUGGGUCCUUUUAUCAAAGCAAUUACUGCGGAUGAUAGUGACGCUCUUCAGAGUAUCCGUGGGGUCAGUCCAACAAUAAUCAGUGCUGGAAUCACAGCUUUGAAGCAGGCAUAUGCGGAUGGACUUCGAGUCGUUUAUAUUAUUGCGGCUCCGUUCGGCCUUCUAGCCUGUGUCGCUUGUUUCUUCCUCGGGGAUCUGAAAGACGUGAUGAAUUACAGGGUUGAUGCUCCUGUGGAAGACCUGCAUGCUAAACAAGACCGUGGACGCCAAGUGUAG